AUGACUCCAUCUCCCAUCAAAACUGUUGGUGUCAUCGGCACUGGUGUCAUUGGCGCUAGUUGGACAGCACUAUUCCUUUCCAAGGGCCUAAAGGUCAUUGCGACCGAUCCAGCACCAGAUGCUGAGGUCAAGCUGCUCGAAUAUCUGCAGAAGAACGGUUCCUCCGUCCCAAAAUCAAAAUUGACAACAAGCUCAUUCUUGGAAAAUCUCAAAUUUGUCAGAGAUCUCGACCCUUAUCUUGGAGAGAUAGAUUUAAUACAGGAGAAUGGACCGGAAAGAGUGGACUUUAAACGCCGUUUAUUUGCUCACUUAGACGCAAAUACCCCCGGUCAUGUGCUCAUUGCAUCUUCUUCUUCGGGCCUACCUUCUUCAGCUUUUAUCACUAAAUGCAAGAACAACCCAUCCCGUAUUCUGAUUGGUCAUCCUUUCAACCCGCCACACUUGGUGCCUCUAGUGGAGGUAGUUCCUCAUCCCGGGACGAGUGAUGCAUACGUGACUGCUGCCUGCGAAUUUUACAGAGAUUUGGAUAAAGACCCUGUGGUUGUCAAGAAAGAAACACCCGGCUUCAUCGCCAACCGACUCCAGGCCGCCGUUUGCUCUGAGGCAUACAGCCUUGUCUCGAGGGGGGUUGUUUCAGCCGAAGAUCUUGACAAAACAAUGACUUCUGGCCUUGGCCUUCGUUGGGCACUCUCGGGACCUAUUAUGACAAACACACUUGGAGGAGGUGGAAAUUUCAGCCAUUUCAUGAACCAUCUGGGUCCAGCAUUAAAGACUUGGCUUGAUGACAUGCAUCAAAAUUCGUUCAAUUUUGACUCACAGGAGGCGGUCAAUGAUCUCAAGGACAAGGUGAAUGGAUGGGUAUCAACUAUUGACUUGAAAGAGGUUGAAAGCAACCGAGACGCAUUUUUAUCCAGCUUAGUUAAAGACAAAUUGGGCUCUUCUGGUGCCAAAACUGACAGAUGA